AGAGAUAUCCACAGAAGGGGCGUGAGGGUUUUUGUUCCUCACGAACCUGACGAAUGCACGAAGCUCGAACCCUGAACACCAGGAUAAAAGAUUACCACAUUAAAAGAUUAAAUAUUAACAGAGAGACCUGCCAUUGGCAGUCACUGAGGCGCCCGUUAAUAACAGCCUAUUCCCGGGCAAUAUUGUUCAAUAGUAAAAAGAAAAACUCUCAAGUUUCAGUUUGGAAAGUCGUGACUGCGAGAGCCAAACCCUGGAUCCGUGGAGAUUUAGUUUGAGUUUAUUAAACCCCUCACGAUGGCAGGUUUGUGGACAGAAUUCUUGCGCUCACACAAAAGCCCGAGACUGAGGAGAAGGCACCGAACUGACCAUUAAGUGGACUUAGGCGGUCUGAAGGUGGUGUUUGUUGCUUUUAAUGAGGAGGCAUUCAUCAUUUCGUGUGAAUUCCGCUGUGCACAGCACCAAGGACAGAUCCAAACACCUGCACCUGUGGGGGCAUCAUGAAUGGAAGCUGAUUUCUCACCAAUUAUAAAGCAUUAUCAACUUUGCAUUCUUCAAACAACUUACACAGUUCUCAAUUCCUCACAGCAGAAAAAGAAAUCCUCUAUGGGUAUGGAAUUACUCGAGGGUGAAUAAAUGAUGCAGAGAAGAUAUCAAGAUGUGUCCAGAAUCAGCAGAAGACCUAAUUAAUAUCUUGAACAAGUAAACCACAUCAGUGUCUUACCUAAAAGAGCACUCUCACCUCUCAUACACCCCAACAUGGCUGGAGUCGCACCCAUCCUCCUGUUCCUGUUAAUCCCUGUGGCCCAAACGACCCCCAGAUACGCUCCACCGCUGGCCGGAUCCAAGCGGGAGAUCAUAAUAGACGGAGACCUGGUAAUCGGAGGCCUGUUUCCGGUGCACGAGAAGGGAAAAGGGACCGAGGACUGUGGUAAAAUUAAUGAAGAGCGGGGGAUCCAGAGAUUGGAGGCCAUGUUGCUUGCGCUGGAUGAAAUUAACCAAGACAACCGUAUCUUGCCCGGCUUGAAAUUGGGAGCCCAUAUACUGGACACCUGCUCGAAAGACACGUAUGCACUGGAGCAGUCGCUGGCGUUCGUGAGGGCGUCUCUCACUAAAGUGCAUCAGCCAGGCUUCAUCUGUCCAGACGGGUCAAAUCCUGUGCCGGAUGAACUGCCGCUGGCCAUUUCUGGAGUGAUCGGAGGAUCGUAUAGUGAUGUUUCUAUACAGGUGGCAAACCUUCUCAGACUCUUCCAGAUCCCACAAAUAAGCUAUGCUUCUACUAGCGCCAAGCUCAGCGACAAAUCCCGUUACGAUUAUUUCGCCCGAACUGUGCCCCCAGACUUCUAUCAGGCUAAAGCUAUUGCUGAGAUCCUGCGGUACUUCAACUGGACCUACGUUUCCACUGUAGCCUCAGAGGGUGACUAUGGUGAAACCGGCAUCGAUGCGUUUCAACAAGAAGCCAGAGUACGGCAAAUCUGCAUAGCAACUUCAGUAAAAGUCAGCCGCUCGGUGAACCAAGGAAAUUACGAAACAGUUAUUCGAUCACUUCAGCAGAAAGCCAACGCCAAAGUUGUGAUCCUCUUCACCAGGAGUGAAGAUGCAAGGGAACUGCUUGCUGCCGCAGCCAGGAUGAAUGUUACCUUCAUUUGGGUGGCCAGCGACGGCUGGGGAGCGCAAGAGAGCGUAGUCCAUGACAGCGAGAAGGCCGCAAAUGGGGCUUUCACCAUUGAGCUUGCUUCGUACUCCAUCAGGGAGUUUGAGGACUAUUUCACCAAGCUAACGCCAGAGUUAAACACAAGGAACCCAUGGUUUAGGGAAUACUGGGAGCAUAACUUUGGUUGUAAUCUACAGGACCACGGUUGUGCCAGUAAAAGCCUAAGAAACGACUUGUUUAAACCAGAAUCAAAGAUCAUGUUUGUGGUGAAUGCAGUCUAUGCUAUGGCCUAUGCCCUACAUAACAUGCGGCAAGCUGUGUGCCCCAAUACCACAAAAGUGUGUGACGCUAUGAAGCCAGGCAAUGGGAAAAGGUUCUACCGGGAGUUUAUUCUCAAGACUAAGUUUGAUGCUCCCUUCAGGCCUGCCGACACUGAGAAUGUAGUACGGUUCACCUCAUUGGGUGACAGUUUGGGCCGCUAUAACAUCUUUCACUACCGCAAAGAGGAUAACAAGUAUGUCUACCGGAAGGUCGGCUAUUGGGCACAGGGCUUAGUGCUCAAUACCAGUCUGGUGCCUUGGGCUGGUGGAGUAGCUCCUACAUCCCAGUGCAGUGACCCGUGCCAACCCAAUGAAGCAAAAAGCAUGCAGCCUGGGGAUGUAUGCUGCUGGAUUUGCAUCCCAUGCCAACCCCACCAAUUUCUCCUCAAUGAAUUCACCUGUGUGGACUGUGGAUUCGGACAAUGGCCCCUCGCUAAUUUGACAGGGUGCUAUGAGCUUCCAGAGGAGUACAUCCACUGGUCGGAUGCAUGGGCUGUGGGACCUGUCACCAUUGCCUGCCUGGGGAUGCUUUGUACACUUGCAGUUGCUGGGCUUUUCUUACGAAGCAAUGACACGCCGGUGGUGAAAGCUAGUGGAAGAGAACUGUCUUAUAUCCUGUUAUUUGGUGUGCUCCUGUGCUAUGCCAUGACCUUCAUUUACAUAGCCAAACCCUCAGCAUUUGUGUGCGCCCUGCGUCGCCUGGGCCUUGGCACCUCCUUUGCGGUUUGCUACUCUGCUUUGCUGACGAAGACCAACAGGAUUGCUCGGAUCUUUGGUGGGGCAAGGGACAGCGCUCAACGACCACGCUUCAUUAGCCCUGCCUCUCAGGUAGCAAUCUGCGCUGCAUUGAUCUCUGCCCAGCUCUUGGUGGCUCUCGUCUGGCUGCUUGUAGAGGCGCCGGGGGUCAGGAAAGAAGUGGGUCCAGAUCGGAGAGAUGUGGUGACUCUGAAAUGCAACAGUCUAGACUCGAGCAUGCUGGUGUCGCUCAGCUACAACUGCAUCCUCAUCAUCCUCUGCACAUUCUAUGCCUUCAAGACCAGGAAGUGUCCAGAGAACUUCAAUGAGGCCAAGUUUAUCGGUUUCACCAUGUACACCACCUGCAUCAUCUGGCUGGCCUUCCAGCCCAUCUUCUAUGUCACUGCCAGUGACUACAGAGUGCAGACCACCACCAUGUGCAUCUCGGUCAGUCUGAGCGGCUCUGUGGUGCUCGGCUGCCUCUUUGCUCCCAAGAUUCACAUCAUCCUUUUCCAGCCGCAGAAAAACGUGACCAGUCUGAGGGCCAAAGACAACCGAUUCUCCUCGGCGGUCACUGCGCCGAGCUCCACCUACUCACAAGCUUCAGCCUCUACUAUAGUGCCAACGGUGUGUAAUGGCCGAGAAGUGGUGGACUCAACGACGUCAUCAUUGUGAAGAUGAAUUGUGGGCCAAUUUUAUAUCCCGUCAUCACAAUCAGGACGCAAUUUCGUACACUUAUUUGAUACUCCAAGUCAAUCUCAGCUCAUCUCCUGGUUUUAUCCUGAAAACAAAUGUUGAAAAAAUCAAAACAACUGGACACCUACGCAUUGUUCAUGAUGGUCUCAUCCUCCAUCCUGACCAAGCAUGUUUUUGUCUUUUGAGUUACACGGUUAAGCUAUUGUUUAUGAUCAAGAGCUCUGAAAGAACAAAGAUCAUUGUAAAUGUGAUUAUAAAUUCAUGUGCCAAUGUGCUAGUAGAUUUAAAGUCACUUUCCACUGGAACGGAAGAAGCUAGACUUGGCAAUAUGUGCCCUUGAUUUAUGUACACUAC